CAGAAACGAAGUUGAAGCCUUUAGCAGCCAAGCUCACUUUCGCUCAGGUUGUCGCACCUACAACAGCCACUGGUCCGAAUUCUAUAUAACUUCCAGGAAUCAUAACCCACAAAAGUCAAUCAUCUCCGGUAGCCUGACGAGGCCAACGCCGCAAUCAUGGGUGUUGCGAAGAAGACCAGAAAGUUUGGACAGGUCAAACGAGUCAUGGGACUCCAAGACACCCGACUCAAGGAAAACCGGUUAAAGGAAGAGCUCAAGCAGAAGGAGAAAGAGGCCAAGAGGACGGUCGGAGGCGAACUCGUCAAAGAAGCUCCCCAGCUGCCCAGCAACAUGUUCUUCCUCCACAACGAGGCCCUGGUGCCGCCGUAUAACGUCCUUUGCGAUACAAACUUCCUAAGUCACACGGUCCAGAGGAAACUGUCGCUGCUGGACAACAUGAUGGACUGCCUCUAUGCCAAGUGCAACCCCAUCAUCACCUCAUGCGUCAUGGCCGAACUGGAGAAACUGGGCACAAAAUACAGAUUGGCGUUGAGGAUAGCCAGAGACGAAAGAUGGCAGCGGAUAGAGUGCGACCACAAGGGUACCUAUGCCGAUGACUGCAUCGUGGACCGGGUGAGCAAGAACAGGAUAUACAUCGUGGGAACCAACGACAAGGCCCUGAAGCAGAGACUACGAAAGAUCCCCGGUGUUCCGAUCAUGAGCGUCGCAAGAGGCAAAUAUGUAAUAGAAAGGCUACCGGGAACGCUGCCUACAUGAUGGAAAAUUACGGGUUUACGGCUUCAGUUUAUUCAUGUAUUUUCUUUAUUUUUGGUCUCCCUCUCUUCAUGUCUUUUCUCCACCGUCUUACGGUUUGUACAACUUCUCGCGACUGGAGUUAGCGCAAGUCCGAGCAAACUAAAAAGCAUGCCGCUUAGGUAAUAUACGGGCAUAGUCUUGUUGCGAAUAGAAUUAAUAGUGCUGUAGUUCCGAAAGUUGACUGCGGCUCUGUAAAUAAACUUCUUUAACGGUCAGCCGUUGUCUUUUUGGCGUGCGGCUAGCUGUGUUAUGCAUAUAUUACCAACCUAGUCAGAAUUGUUGUGG